AUGCGUGUCCUCCUCACAGGUGGCUCCGGCUUCAUUGCCGCCCACGUCCUCGACAUCCUGCUCGACCACGGCCACAGUGUCGUCACCACCGUCCGAUCCCAAGAGAAGGCCAACAAGAUCGCCUCCGCCCACAAGUCAGCUGGCAAAGACAAAUUAUCCUUCGCCAUCGUCGAGGACAUCGCGCAAGAAAACGCAUUCGACGAAGCCGUGAAGUCCGACCCUCCCUUCGAAGCCGUCAUCCACACAGCCAGUCCCUUCCACUUCAACGUCACAGACGUGCAGAAAGAACUCCUCGACCCAGCCAUCAUCGGCACAACAGGCAUCCUAAAAUCGAUCAAGAAAUCCGCUCCCAGCGUGAAGCGGGUGGUCAUCACGUCCUCCUUCGCCUCCAUCGUCAACCCCUUCAAAGGCAACUGGCCCGACCACGUCUACAGCGAGGAAGACUGGAACCCCAUCACCCAAGAGCAGGCGGUCGAGAACCCGGCGAAUGGGUAUCGGGCUAGCAAGACUUUUGCCGAGAAGGCUGCGUGGGAGUUUGUGGAGAAGGAGAAGCCGAAUUUCAGUAUCGCUACCAUGUGCCCGCCGUUGGUGUUGGGACCGAUCGUGCACUACCUCAACUCGCUCGAUGGGUUGAACACGAGUAAUCAGAGGAUAAGAGAUAUCUUCCAGGGCAAGGCGAAGGAGGAGAUUCCUCCCACUGGCACCUACAUCUGGGUCGACGUCCGCGACCUCGCCCUCUGCCACGUCCUCGGCAUCGAGAAGGAAGAAGCGGCCAAUAAACGCUUCUUCAUCACCACGGGCUACUUCAGCAAUAAGCAGAUCGCUGAGAUCAUCUCCAAGCACUACCCUAAAUAUAAGGAUCAGUUGCCGGGUGAGAAGACGCCGGGUGGGGACUACCCGGAGGGUGGGUUGUAUAAGUAUGAUAAUGAGCGGGUGCAGAAGGUGUUGGGGAUCAAGUUUAGGGGGUUGGAGGAGAGUAUUGUUGAUACUGUUAAGAGUUUGCAGGAGGUUGGUGCUUAA